UCACUGAUAUCAGUGCUUACGGAGCAUUUGCGUGAGUGAGACAUCAAAAUUUUUCUUCUCUACGCGUACGCAUAAAUACCUACGGCGACCAUGAGCGAGCCUCAGUCAAAGAAAACGAAGACCAUGAGUUCGUUGAGCCAGCUAAAAGACCUCACUACAAUAGUCGCCGAUACCGGCGACUUCCAAGCUAUGGAGCAAUUUAAGCCUACAGAUGCAACAACAAAUCCCUCGUUAAUUCUCGCUGCCGCUAAUCAAAAGAAGUACGCUCAUUUAAUUGAGAAAGCUGUGGUAUGCGGCAAAAAGUCUGGAUCUACUUUGGCCGAGCAAGUUGAAGCAGCCCUUGAUAUUACGUGUGUUCUGUUUGGCAAAGAGAUUUUAAAUAUAAUUCCUGGAAGAGUUUCUACAGAAGUAGACGCCAGAUUGUCCUUCAACAAGGAAGCCAGUAUAGAAAAAGCGAAAAGAUUAAUCGCUCUGUACGAAGGGCUUGGAGUGAGCAAAGAACGCAUCUUGAUUAAACUUGCAUCGACUUGGGAAGGCAUUCAAGCGGCGAAAGAAUUGGAGAAAAAAUAUGGAAUCCAUUGCAAUCUGACACUGUUGUUCUCUUUUGCCCAAGCCGUUGCUUGUGCAGAUGCUGGAGUUACUCUUAUUUCGCCGUUUGUUGGUCGAAUCUUGGACUGGUACGUGGCAAACACAGAUAAAAAAUCUUAUGAAGCAAAAGAGGAUCCAGGUGUUGCUUCUGUAAAACAAAUUUACAAUUAUUAUAAGAAGUUUGAUUAUAAAACAGUCGUGAUGGGUGCUUCAUUUAGAAACGUUGGUGAAAUUAAAGAACUCGCCGGCUGUGAUUUUCUUACCAUAAGUCCUAAAUUAUUGGAAGAAUUGGAAAAGAGCAACGAGGCUGUACACAAAGGUUUGAGUGUGGAAUUGGCGAAGAAAUGUGAUCUUGAAAAGAUUAGCUUAAAUGAGGCCGAGUUUAGGUGGCUUUUAAAUGAAGACCAAAUGGCGACCGAUAAAUUGAGUGAAGGCAUUCGCAAAUUUACUGUCGAUGUGCGUAAGCUUGAGAAAUUAUUGCAGGAAAAAAUUCUAUCGGUUAAACAGAUAGAUUAAAGAUGAUAGCAGGUCUCAAUAAUGUAUUUACAUA